CUGGUGCCAAAUGCAUUUACAUACUCAAUCUUGCUUGAGGCUGCUUAUAAGGAAAGAGGGGUUAAUGAGGCAAUGAGACUCUUAGAUGAAAUAAUUGCUAAAGGUGGAACGCCUAAUUUGGUUAGUUAUAAUGUCAUAUUGACUGGUUUGUGCAAGGAAGGUAGAGUCGAUGAAGCAAUACAGCUUUUCAGGAAUUUGCCUUCGAAGGGAUUCAACCCCAACGUUGUGAGCUAUAAUAUUUUGUUGAGAACCUUGUGCUAUGAAGGACGGUGGGCAGAGGCAAAUGAACUUCUGGCUGAGAUGGUUGGAGAUGAUCGCUCCCCAACAAUAGUCACCUAUAAUAUCUUGAUUGGCUCCCUUGCCUUUCAUGGCCGAACUGAUCACGCCCUCAAGGUUGUGGAUGAAAUGCACAGAGGCGGGCAGUUGAAGCCCACUGCAGCCAGCUACAAUCCAAUCAUUGCUCGUCUGUGCAAAGAGAGGAAGCUGGAUGCUGUAAUUAAAUGCCUGGAUGAAAUGAUGUACCGUCAUUGCAGUCCUAAUGAGGGCACAUACAAUGCCAUUGCCUUGCUUUGUGAGGAGGGGAUGGUGCAAGAGGCAUUCUCAACAAUCCAAAGUUUGAGGCCUAAGCAGAGUUCCUCCAAUCAUGAUUUCUACAGAACAGUGAUUUCUAGUCUGUGUAAGAAGGGGAACACGUAUGCGGCAUUUAAGCUGCUGUAUGAAAUGACAACCUGCGGCUUUAAUCCGGAUUCAUAUACCUAUUCAUCUUUGAUUAGAGGACUGUGCAUGGAGAGGAUGCUUGGCGUGGCUAUAGAUGUUUUUAGAAUCAUGGAAUUAAGUGGCUACAGACCUGACACGGAUAACUUCAACGCCCUUGUGCUUGGGUUAUGCAAAUCUCGGAGAACAGACUUGUCCUUGGAAGUCUUUGGAAUGAUGAUUGAGAAAGGCUAUAUGCCUAGUGAGACGACUUAUACUAUUUUAGUGGAAGGGAUCAUUCGCGAAGAAGAAAGGGAGCUGGCAGCAGUAGUUUUGAAAGAGCUGCAUCAGAGACAAGUCGUCAGUAGAAAUACAGUUGAAAGGAUUGUUAUGCAAUAUGACAUUGAGGAGUUAUCAAUAUAGACAGCUCUCUGUAGCGGGGAUACGGUGAGGAAUUUGUAUGCAUAAGACGUUAAAAUGGGACGGGGCAAUGAGGAGGCAAUGGGUGAUUGUUGAAGAAUCACCGUUGGCAGAACUGCUGAGCAUGUAAGGGAAUCUCGACAAACUUGUGCGCUCAGAGUGUAAGACAGUAAAGAGUAAUGACUGUUAAGAACCCAACGGUGAUUGGUUACAUGUUGGCCAAUGGUAGGCUUCAAGUUUGUAUCUCUUCACUUUUAACCUUACUCCUAGCUUUCUACUCACACUGUACAUUUAUCACUAUUCCCUUCUGACUAUAUAUAUUAGAGCGGGAUCCACUCCUAGCUUCAACGUUGCAAAUACUUUGCCAAUUGCGUAUUAAUAAUAUUGUUAUUACGCCUGGCCUCUAA